ACGUAUGGGUGAGAUUUGGUGCGUGUUUCGAGAACAAUUUCUCUUUAUUAUGGAGAAAUUAUCAUUUUUCUUCGUUGUUGGUUUUAUUUUCUUCUCUCUCAAUUUUAAUUUUCAAUUUGAAAUUUUCGCAUUUCAGCGAACAUAUCUAAUAAAUGUGCAGCAAGUAAAAACGUUCGAUUGUGUUGCAACUUUCUUAUUAGAAGAAAAUGAAAAACAAAAUUAAAACGUAACGAGUUUUAUGCAGAUUAAUUCAUUGCUGCCGCCACGCGCACGCGCUUAAAACAACAACACUGCACGCAUUAGCAUCUAAACAGUAUUACUUUCUCUUUUGAAAUCAAACGUAAAUUUUCGAUGCAUAUGAAAAGUGAAAAUGAGAGCGAUAUGACAGCCUUUUUUCGGAUAAGAUGCACUUUCAUUUUUAAUUGUCGUUUGAUUUUUCCUCACCUUCUUAUUAUUUUCUAAUCAUUAAUGAAAAGUUAUUUGGCUGUGAAUCGAAGUAGAUAAUAUGAGAGACAAUUACUCGAUUCGAUUUGUUCAACUUAAAUUUAAAGAGCAAUCUGAUAUGUAUGUGUGUGUGUGUGUAACAACUGGGUGAGAACUUCAGAUACUUCAGGCACGCACAUGGAUCGCGGUGCAUCAUCCGCUUAAUGAUCAUUGCACUUAAUCAAAGGGUUGGAUUGAAUUAACACGGCAUAAAAGAAUCACUGCAUUUUCACUUGUUGCUCUUUCAAUUGUAUUUCAUUCUGUGUUCUCUUUAUCUUUCGUCUUUGGCUUUUAUUUUUUUUUUCUCUCUCUCUCUCUCUCUCUCUCUCAUUCUCAUUCUCAUUCUCUCUCAAUAGUAAUUUCGUUCACCCGAAUCAAUUUUGAAUUUGUUAUGAUUUAUUUUACUGGGCGAAGAAGAUGAGCGAAACCGAAAAUUGGUUACUUUUUCCCUUCAUUUCAUUCAUUUUGUGAAGUGGCCUGAUUCAUUCUCACCAGACACCCAGAAUUAACAAUCAGAAUCCGACGCGGAAUUGAUUUGCAGAGAAAGUGUUGAAUCGAAAUUGUUAGCUGUGGAAUUCCAAAUUACGUUCAAUGUGGUUUCUAUCUCAUUGAAACAAUAACAAUCAUGGAAACAGAAGACAGAAAAAAAAAUUGGUUAAGCUUCAAACGGAAGAAGUGUGCACGAUAUUUCUCUCAAUCUGUUGAAAGGAAAUUAGCGAAAGUAUACAAUAACGAUCUAAUAAUGUCAACAACGACGGUAAAAAAAGGCAAAAGUCGAUGUGAUUAGUUCCUGAGUAAUGACUGUAAAAAAAAUAUGAAAGAUAAAAAAACGUAGCCCAUUUUAUGCGCGCACGCGCACAACACUGACUGUGAGCGAUAUGAAAUAGAUACCGACAUAUUACGCCACAUGAUGAUCAUUGUGUUGUCGAGGGUAUUAAACAACUACCAACGUUUUUAUUUUCUCUCUCGAAAUGAGAAUGGAAAUGAAAUAAAGACGAGGGAAAAAAUUAACUAAUAAAAGAAGUAUUUAUGGGAUACAGCGGUAUAAUAUAAUCAUAUAACUGGAAAAUAUAUUUGGCUUGAGCAACCAUAUGAUCGUUAAAAUUUAGAGACAGCUUCAAUAUUGCUCAAUUAUUUCUCAUGUUCCAUGGUUACAUAUUUAGGUGCAUUCUCGUGCGAGGUGUCAUGGAUAUUGGAAGCUCACGGUGAUCUGCCGAUCUACGCUUAUUUAUUAUGUUCCGGCUACUUCAUCAUGUUCGUUGCAUCGACUAUUUUGAUACAUGGCCUGGCAACGGGCUUAUCAUGGGGCCUAUUUAGUUGGUCCAUCGUUGUAGGUGUUUUAUCGAUACCAGAAUUAAUAUUCGUUAUGAUUAUGACGACACAGUUUUGGGGACUACAAUCGAUUCAUGGUAUGACUGAGAUUAUAACUUAUUUAAUUCGGCUGGUUAUAAAUAGCAUGGCAUUGCUCUGCGUUAUUCCAACGGCGUUGCGAUGGCGAAGGGAGAGGCAAAUAAUGAGCCAAUUAGAAAAUCUAGCAACGCGACUGCAUAUGACAUCACCCGAUAUUCCAGGUGCAUUAUCGCCGGCUGCCGCAUCAGCUGCGUUAACACGCAUCAAUGACUCAAUGCAACGACGGUCGUCGGCUAGAAAACGCCGAUUGUCACAGUCUGGAUAUGAUAACCAUGGAUUUAUACCAAUUAUUCAGCAAUCAGCCAACGAUUCGAAACAUCAUCAACCACAAAUCACAUUGCCAAUAUUCCCAUACAUGUACGGUAUGUACCCGUCACAGAAUGAAUUCAAUGCAAGCAUCUUCGGGCUCGAUCCAUCGCAAAUAAUCGGACCAAUGCCAACGAUGCAAGCCGCAAAACGAACGCAAUCGCUGCUGGAUUUCCGACACAUUUUGCCAUCACAAAUAGUAAUGUCGUCAUCACGAUCAAAGACCCCAGUAACGGAUCUGGAUGCACCCGAUGGCAUUUCGAAUACGGUAGAAAACCAGCAAAAUUUGAACAACAAUAUCCCUCACAAUCACCCUAGUAAUCCAAAUAAUGUGCGCGAAAGUAAUCGCAAGACAUCGAUACCAACGGUGCAAAAUAAGAAUUUCAACAGUCACAACGAAGAAGAGAAGCAUUCGAUAGCCGGUGAUCCGAUUUAUCAAACGAUAUCAUCGGAAAAGGGAGCCAAAUUGGGUCGCAAUUGUAUAUCAUUGGAAAAUUUGCGCACAUUGACCAUAAAAAAUGAUUUGAAUUCAUAUGGAAAUAAUUUGCUACAAAAUCACGGACAGCCAUCGUCACCGUACUACGUAUUGCCCGCAUUUCCGCCAACACCAACCGGCUACAAUGUUCCGCACUAUUUCAAUCCGAAACCACAUCAUCCAGCAGCGGCACAUUACAUGUUUGGACCGCCAUUUCCGAUGCAACCACCACCGCAUAUGAUGGCACCACCACCUCCACCGCCGCAAGCAUAUUUCCAUCAAAACUAUCGAAUGCCCUUCACCAACUACGGUGGCUACGCAAAUCCAAAUCCAUACUCAAAUCUAAGCAACACAAACAGUCGACAAUCAAUUGGCAACGAUUCAGACGAUUAUCGCAAGUAUCGUGAUGUGGCUCUGUGAUUUUCCGCGUGGUCCAAUCACCACUGAUUUCCAAAACGUACUCCCUUGCUUCCCCCCUUGAUUAUUAUACAGCUUCAACUUAACAUACGACAUUUUUUUGUAUACUUUUUGUUUUACUAAGAGAUUUUGCUUUCAACUGAAAAUUCGUCGUUCGAUCGAUAAGCAUCUAGUAUUUAUUUAUAAUAAAUAUUCGUUAUUUAAUCGCCGUCAAUCAUAUGAUAAUGUAAUGAUGAUACUAAAAAACCAUUCCAAAUGUUUUGUACCUUUCAACCGAGUUGAUAAUUAGUAAAAAAAAAAAAGAGAAAGAAAUAUUUCACAAAGUAAAAUUGCAGAAAGAUUUCUUUACCAAAAAACCUAGAUAUAGAUGUGAGUCGGAGUAAUAAAGUAAAAUGAAAUAUUAUUAGAUUUUAAUUCGAAAAUCGACAACGACAUGAGUUCACAUGCAAAAAUGAAACUUUUUUUCAGUGAGAGAAAUUUAAAAAAAAUAUACUAGUCUCUUCCCACGGUCAGCGUCGUUUAUGCAAUACUUUUGUUAUAUUACACUUUUCAAAUGAUUGAAGUAAUAAUUUUUUUUAAACAUAUCCGAUUGGAAUUACCUCCAUUUUGGAAUGUUAUACAAUAUUUAUAGAAUGUUUCCAUUGUUAUUGACACACGUCCACUGUUGUAUUUUGUGUAAUUUUUUCCUUCAAAUAAGUCCAAUAAUGGAGAAUCCAAUGCCCCAUCAAAUUAACAGCGCUAAUAUAUGUAAACAAACAGACCAAAAAAUCCAAUCUAUUCUUUUUCCUCGUUUUUUUUUUGUUUAUUGAUAACAAUACUUUUUUUGUAUAUUCGCAAUAAUAAUAAUAAUAAUAAUAAAAGAAGGAAACAUUGUGUAGAAAACUUAA